CCCCGCGGAAGUUAGUCGGUGGAGCGAGAAGGAGGAUGUCAAUGGUUAAUUUGCAUGAGGCUCUGUGAGAGGUGUGAAACGUUUUUGUUGUUUCUGUCGGACUGUUUGACAUCUUGUUGCAUAAACAAAGGAACGGAAAAUGUUGGAGUGCGGCAUGCUGGAGCGGGACCAAAAGGCUCUCCGGAGAAACUCUGCUGUUCUGUGCAAACAGCUGGUCGUGGAUGAGCUGCUCAUCCAGUCACUGCAAGCUGAUGGCAUCCUUACCGAGAACAUGGCAGAAACCAUCAUGGCAGAGCAAACAUCUCAGAAACGUAGCUGGCGUUUGUUACUUCUCCUACCAAAACGGGGACCUGAAGCCUUCCAGAGCUUCUGCUUGGCUCUGAAGGAGACUGAGCAGCAGCACCUCUGUGACUUGAUAACGCAAUCCCCCGAGAGGAACAGCAGAGAGACACACGUGGAUUGUAUGCCAGAAGAAAAGUCACAACGACCGGAGAAGAUGCAAAGUAACGGAGAGUCAUCUUUAUUAGACAAAGAGGAAAGCAGUGAGGUGAGCAGCACCUCGUCACUCUCAGCCAGGCCCUCUGAUAGAUGCGGAGCAUCCUCAGAGUCGUCCGGAGAGAUCAGCCCAGUCAGAGAGGAAAACAGGGACAAAGGAAGGAAAAAGAGGACUUUGAGGACUUCUCUCCCAUUUCCAACUCAGGAGGAAUACGCUGCAAAGAGAGCAAGGACACACGCAGAGUCCAUGGAGUUCAGCCUCGACGCCGACAGCCCCAUCAGCACUCCCGUUCUCCCGUGCGCUCCUGACUUUUAUCUGUCUCACUGCAAGCAGUCCUACAGAAUGAACUCCUCGCCGCGAGGCUUUGCCCUGGUCAUCAGUAACGUGACCUUUGACUCUUGCUCUGCUCCUGGUCUUGACCCAAGAAAAGGAGGUGAAGUGGACGACGAAGUCCUCAGGAAGGUUUUCACGGAGCUGGACUACCACGUCAGUGUCCACAGAGACCUCACUGCUCAGGGCAUGAGGACGUGCAUUGAGAACUUCUGCAGGCGGCCCGAACACCGGACAGUGGACAGCUGUGUGGUGUCUCUGCUCUCCCACGGAGUCGAAGGAGCAAUUUAUGGCACAGAUGGACAACUUAUCCAGCUGGACUGGGUGUUUGAGGCCUUUGACAAUGCACACUGUCCUCUGCUUCAAAACAAGCCAAAGAUGUUUUUCAUUCAAGCCUGCAGAGGAGACGAGAUGGACUGUGGAGUUGAGCAGCUGGACGGGCCGGGGAGAACGUCUUCACCGAGCUGCGAGCAGCGGGACGCAGGGAGGGAGGCAGAGGGGGACGCAGAUCCCAGACAGAGGCGGGACGUGGGGAGGCCCAGGAUUAAACUACCUCAGCGCUCAGACAUGAUCUGUGGCUUUGCGUCUCUCAAAGGUCAGAGAAUUUGCACAGCAGCAAUGCGAAACACCAAACGAGGGUCCUGGUUUAUCCAAGAACUGAACACAGCACUCCGCCUUCAUGCCAGAGACACACACCUUUCAGACAUGCUGGUGCAGGUAAAUGCACGUAUCAAGGAGAGGGAAGGUUACGCCCCAGGCACCGCCCACCAUCGCUGCAAAGAGAUGUCCGAGUUCACCAGCUCACUCUGCAAAGACCUCUACCUUUUCCCCAAGUACCAGCCCCAGUAUUGAUAUGCAGAAACGCACUUUAAACAACCAAACCACACACAGAUCAUUCCUUGCGUUGAAGCCUUUCUGUAAAAGCUCAACAGAACUGCCGGUUAUUACCUCGCAUUCCCCCCGUCACGACUUCACAUCCACACCUCGACUCUGAAAUAAGAAGCAAAAUAUUUGUGCUUAUGCCAGUUUAAUUGUAAAUCCUUUUCAGUCGAGCUGCACAGCAACUCCGAAGUUCCUCAAGGCUCUUUUUUAAAAUCUGUAUUUUGUACACAGAUAUAUUUUUGUGGCUUCGUUUUGUAUGGAAUUGUUUUUAUAUAGAUUUUUAAACCCGCGCUUGUUAUUUGUAUGCGUUUGUUAUAAGUUGUGGAGACAACUUGUUUUUAGUGUGGCGACAGGCAGAGGGCAGCACCACAGAGACAAAUCAUUUCAUCGCCUCUGUUAGAUCAAUAAUAUUCUCACCCUGUGGUUUUACAGACGGAUAUAAAUCGAAAGAGGUUUCAAAAGAAACAGGUUAGAGGUUAUGUUUGAAUCCACUCACAGGGCGUCUUCAGAAGGAUGUCUUUCAGUCAUUUAUUCUUCUCAUUUAGCUUUAAAAUGCUGAGUUGGAAGAAUGCAGCUUUAUAAAUGUUUAUUUUAUGUCUUUAUUCACUUAUAAUCUUUAAACUUCUCCUGCCUACUACAUGGUGAUGGGCUGGAUUUUGGUGCUACUCUCUUAUUCAUUCAUCUACAGUAUGAUUCCUGACCUCUAUUUUAAUAGUACCUUGCAAAAUUAUUCACACCCUUAAAUGUUUUCACAUUUUCUCGCAUUGUAACCGUGGAUAUCGGUGUAUUUUAUUGGGAUUUGGAAUGAAGAAACACACAAAGUGGAACAAAAUUGGGAAGUGGAAAGAAAAUGUAUUACAAAUAAACGCCUGAGAGCGUUCGUAAACCUCCACGUCCUGUCGCAGACACUUAAUUAGAGUCAGGUAUGAACUUUGUCACCUAAAUAUGCUUUAAUUUAAAUUGUUUUAAUGUAGCUCUGGAGUUGUGUUUACGGCUUAAGAUGAACUUCCACGACUGUCUCUUGUUUUGUUUUUCUGCUCUGUGUUUAGCUUCAGCUUCUCUGUCCCUGCAGAGGAGCAACAUUCCCACAGCAUGAUACUACCACCACCAUAUUACACCAUAAGGAUGAUGUCUACACUUUGGCAAACCUAUUUUUAUAUUCCUUACUGUUUUAUAAGCUAACUGCUUCAAACCUCUCCACAAAUUAAUCGGUGCCCUGCCUGAUGUGUUUCUUUUGUAAUUUUGGAAAUUAUAUCUCCCACUUUGCAAACAAGCACAGCUUUGCACAAAACUCAGGUGAAACAAACUGAUGUUUGUAGUGACAAUGUGACAAAAUGCAAAAAAGAUUUAAGGGUUUAAGAGGUAUUGAUACUUUUGCAAAGCACCGUAGUGCUUAUUUUGUGAAAUUACUAUAACUGAUGCAGUCAGGAUAAACGAUGUCUUCCAUAUUUUCUGUUUGGUAAACUCAUGACCACGGUGGAGAUUUUCUAGUAGAAAAUCUCCACCGUGGUCGCAUAGGCUGAGGAAUAUCUCCACAGCCUAUGCGACAGUUAAAAGCCCCCCAGAGAGGCCUCGAUGAGGUGAACUAUGUUCAGUUGCGUCAGUGUUGUUUUGUGGGAAAAGUAUGCAUCUGAAGCAGUAUUGGUUUGUAACUACCUGGACACGACCAGGCUCCUAAAGAGUACUCCGCUGUGGAACAGAGAUAUUCCUUUUUAUGCUGAUAUAGUGGAGAUAAAACAUAAAGAGAGAAGCUGGUGUGAAAAGUUAGGUUUAGAGUUUUGAAGGUCAGACUUUAUUGUACCACACUGUGUUAAAGGGGUGGGCUGAGGAGGUGUCUUCACGACUAAUGUCUGCCAAAUGUUCAUUGCAAUAAAAAAGAACCUUUCAUU